AUGAUAUACAAAUAUAUAUAAAAAGUAUUAAUAUUUAUUUAUUACAUAUAGCUAUUAGUUCCAGAUGGCCUUCUCCAUUUAAAAUUAACAUCUCUAUAAGAGAAGAAAUGUACUGGAUCAAAAGAGAAAUUGAUCCAACAUUCUCAAUAAGAGUUCAUUUCUUUCCCUUCAAACUUUAUUUUUUUUUUCUCUUUGGUUCGAUUCUAUAUUCUUAAUCACAAGAGGGCUAGAUGCGCCCCAAAACCCAAUCACUACUGGCUUGAGAAGCAUUCAUCACCCUCAAAAAUAAUAAUUAAAUAUAAUUAAAAUAAUAUGGAUUCAAUGUGA